UCAUCCCCUGAUGAGUCAAUGUCUUUCCCACGCUCCCACACAAGAAAGUCUCACCCUUUUUUAUCACUUUUAUUUUCUACUCCCCCUUCCUUCACUCUGCUUCCAAAUAGUGAGCAGUGAGGGAGUGAUGUGUAACAAGAAUAGCCCUCCUCCUUCAGUAGAAACCCAAAAGAAAGAACCAAGUAUGAGGAAAACCAGAAAACGAACAAAUAAACUGUCUCCUUCUUUAACUUCUUCUUCUUCUACUACCACCGCAUCUCUUAAACCACUACGUCGCAGAAACAGAACCAAAACCAGAAAGCCAAAGUACCUCAGUCUCCGCCUCAUAAAAAAGAAUAACAAAGAUGAGAAACAGCCACAGCUGAACCUCUUCCCUCUGCAUCCGCAAAACACGGUCGACGAUAAAGACAUGCAGGAGGAGAACAACUCCGUGGCGUUGCUCUUCAGCUCCGACGGCGGCGCCACCCUCAACGGCCUGCUGGAAGACGACAGUACCGCGACGACUUCGACGGCGAUGUCGGAGGAGGGGUCGUUCUCUCCGGCGGCGGGUGUGGGCGGCGACGGAGGGUGGCUGGUUCGGAAAGCGAUGAGGAGGAGGGAGGAAGAGGGGAGUGAAGAAGAGAGGUGGGUGUGUUACUCAGAAGUGGUGGAGAAGAAGGAGACGAUGGAGGAAGUAACGAGUUAUUGCGGAACGACGUCGUUUGGGUUGUUGUCAUUGAAGCUGGAUCAUGAGGGGAUAUUGAAUGCUUGGUCUGAUAAGGGCUCCCUUUACAUUGCAGGGGAGGCCCCACAGACUGUCCCUGAUUUCCACAAUCAUGCUCUCUUCUAUAAUGCUCUUCUUCCCAAUAAUAUUGGAGGUGAUGGGUGUGGAAGUAAUGAUGGCACUGGGAACACAUGGGUUGUACCGGAAAUUGGUGGAGAGAACAGGACGACAACGGAAGAAAUGGGGUUGAAGGUGGGACAGAGAGAGGCAAGCGUGCAGAGAUACAAAGAGAAGAGACAGAACAGGCUCUUCUCUAAGAGGAUCCGUUAUGAAGUCCGCAAGCUCAAUGCUGAGAAGCGGCCUCGGAUGAAGGGACGAUUUGUGAAGAGGGAAUGAAAAUUGAGAAGUUCAUAGACUGUGGUAGGCACUAUUCCUAAUAAGAACGCUGUCAAUAUUACAGUGUUCAAAUAGAAAAUUUUGUGCCUUCGGUGGUGGAACUGGGGAGCUUUCCUUUGUUGAAAUGUUGUUUAUAAAAUUAUGCCUUUUCCCACGGGUUCUUCAUAUGUAUCAUAAAAAUGAAAAAAAAAAAAAAAACAGUGCUACCGCCUACUCCGUUAUAAAAUGAGAUAUGAUACUUACACUAAUUUUUGGUACAUCUUAAAAUAUACAUUUAUCGUUUUUGAAGA